AUGUCGUCAUCUAUAUCGGACGCUGUGCCUGGAUCCUUGAGGCGCUGGAUCCUAACCUGCUUUGUGGGGCUACUGUUGCUGCCUCUGCCACCAAACAUAGGUUACAUAGAGGACAACACCCAACCAGUCUGUGGCACACCCUGGUGGCUAGACAACUCGGAGAGGAAGCACCACUGGCCCUGGCAAGUGAGCCUUCGCUCAGAAAAUGACCAUGUGUGUGGAGGGGCCCUCAUUGAUCUCACAUGGGUGGUAUCUGCAGCUCACUGCAUCCAGGGCAACAAGGAGUACUCAGUGAUUCUGGGUAGUCACAAGCUCCAGGCCCCAGCCCUCUCCUGGAUCUUGAAGAUUCACGUGGGAGACAUCAUUGUACAUCCCAAGUACUGGGGCGGGCGCCUCAUCAGAAGUGACAUUGCCCUUCUCCGGCUUCGUACUCCUGUCACCUUCAGCAAGUAUGUGCAGCCUAUCUGCAUCCUGGACCACGACUUCAACCUGGAGGUUGGGUCGCAAUGCUGGGUGACUGGCUGGGGCCAGGGUAAGCAACAGCCCUCCGCCAACAGGACACUGACUCCAGAGCUUCAGGAGACCAAGGUAUUCAUUCUGGACAACAAGAAGUGUGACCGUGUUUUACACAAGAAGUCCUUCUAUCUCAAAGUUACCCAUUUUAUCCAGAGGAGCCUGAUCUGUGCCACCAGUUAUGGAAAUAGCUCGUGCUCUGGGGACCGUGGGGGGCCAUUGGCUUGUGAAGUUGAUGGCAGAUGGAUUCUGGCUGGGGUGUUGUCAUGGGAGAAGGACUGCAUCAAAGGACAGAGUGCAGGUGUAUACACUCGUCUCAGCAGAUACUCCACAUGGAUGAAGGAACAAAUGAGCCACGGGGCAGUGUUGGGGCCCUGCAGGGCCUCCUGGCUUCUAUUCCUGUUCUGGCUGCUGCAGCUCCCAGUGGGCCCAUGACU